AUCCUCCGCCAAAAAAUGCUAUCCUCAGCCCAAACCCCUCGCCUCCUCCGCUCCCCCGCCGCCCCCCUCACCUUCAAAUGCCUCCACACCUCCCCCAUCCUCACCCCCGCCUCCGCUUCGCCUUCGCCCUCCCAAAUCCUCACCAGCCGCAAAGCCCUACUCUCCCGCCAGACCUCCGCCGUCGACCUCGCCAAGUCGUUUCUGCAUCGCCUCCGCCGCCACGAGCCCCAGCUCAGCACCUUCCUCUACGUAUCCCCUGACGACAUCGUCUUGAAGCAGGCCGAGGAGCUGGAUAACAGAAUUAAGCACAAUGAGGAGGUCGGCCCCCUGGCUGGGGUUUUGGUCGGAGUUAAGGAUAAUAUUUGUACGCGAGAUAUGCCGUCGACGGCGGGGUCUCGUAUUCUGGAGAAUUACCGCCCGCCGUUCGACGCCACGGCGGUGAGGAAGCUGAGGGAAAUGGGAGCUAUUGUUGUUGGGAAGACUAAUUUGGAUGAGUUUGGGAUGGGGAGUACGACAGAAGGCUCUGCAUAUCAGGUGACGGCUAAUCCCUGGGAUUUGUCACGAGUACCAGGAGGUUCAUCAGGGGGCUCAGCUGCAGCUGUUUCUGCUAGACAGUGCAUGGUGGCGCUGGGAAGUGAUACUGGUGGCAGUGUUAGGCAACCAGCAUCUUUCUGUGGUGUUGUUGGGCUGAAGCCAACAUAUGGUCGUGUCUCGAGAUAUGGUCUUGUCGCUUAUGCAUCCUCCUUGGAUGUUAUUGGAUGCUUUGGUUCUUCUGUUGCUGAUGCAGGAAUUCUCCUAAAUGCCAUUUCGGGUUUUGAUAACUUCGAUGCUACAAGUAGCAAACAAGAAGUCCCAGACUAUGCAUCUCAGUUUGUUCCUCUUGAUUACUUGGAAUCUAAACCCUUGAAAGGACUGCGAGUUGGUGUUAUUCAUGAAACACUUGGUAAUGGAGUUGAUUCAGAAGUAGUCUCUUCAGUCCGCAGUGCUGUUUCACAUCUGGAAGAACUUGGAUGCACAGUAUCAGAGGUAUCAUUGCCAUCAUUUUCGCUUGGAUUGCCAGCAUACUACAUUCUUGCUUCAUCUGAAUCAUCUUCAAAUUUGUCUCGCUAUGAUGGUGUCAGAUAUGGAAACCAAGUUUUUGGUGAAGAGCUCAAAUCUCUCUAUGGGGACUCCCGUGCUGAAGGUCUUGGUUCUGAGGUUAAAAUGAGAAUCUUGAUGGGUACAUAUGCUCUUUCUGCUGGUUACUAUGAUGCAUAUUACAAGCGUGCUCAGCAGGUUAGGACAAUAAUACGAAAUAGCUUCAAGGAUGCUUUGGACAAAAAUGAUAUACUGAUAUCUCCUGCUGCUCCCUCUGUUGCUUAUAAGAUUGGUGAGAAGAAAAAUGACCCAUUAGCCAUGUAUGCAGGAGACAUAAUGACUGUUAAUGUGAACUUGGCUGGUCUGCCUGCGUUGGUUUUACCAUGUGGAUUUGAUGGAGGGUCAGCUGGAAUGCCUGUCGGUAUUCAAAUGAUUGGAGCGGCAUUUGAUGAGGAGAAGUUGUUAAAAAUAGGGCACAUCUUUGAGCAGACUCUCGAGGGAUAUUCGUUCAUUCCCCCACUCGUAGCUGAUGAAUAAACUUGUUAGUGAGUGAGCAGCAUAACCUCUCGAGGGAUGUUCGUUCUCCAUGCCCAUGGUCAAAGGGUUUGGUAAGAUUGAUUGUGUUUAGGCAGUAGUUAAAUUCUUUUGUUGGUUUUCUUCGCUAUUUAAAACUCCUGGUAUAUCUUCAGCUGACGAAUAUCGAUUUUUCUGAAUAAAGUUUUAAAAUAAUUGGUUCUGUUUAUAAA